GGGCGGGUGGGCGGGCGUUGACGUCACAGAGCGCUGACGUCAGGCGCCGGGCGGGCGGGCGGGCGGGGGAGGAAGCGGAGGCCCGGGCCCGCCAUGGCAACGCACCGACCGCUCUGCCGCUUCCUCGCUCUCCUGGCGCUCGCGUUACAACUGCUCGGCGGCAGCGCCCGGCUGGCGGGCCCUACCUAUGUGUCUGAAUAUUACACCCAAGCUCCUCAGAAACUUUCUCUGUACCAUUGGUAUGGAAGUGCUCGUCUAUUUGUCUUCCGCGUGCCGGAGAAUACUGUGGUGAUGAGAUGGAUUUUACAAACCUCCAAAGGAAAGGGAGCGCAAUGCCAGAAUAUCAACAUUACUGCCCAUUUCCGUGCAGGCGCCCCUCCAGUCAUCAAUCCUUUACACACCAAGUUUGGAACAAACACUGUUGCUCUCCCUUCAUUUAACAUCACCAUACCCUUGCUGACCCGGGACCAUACCAAUGUUUUCUUAAACAUCAGCAACCCUGUCCAGGGUGACUGGUUUGUGGCUGCACACCUCCCCGAAGAUGACGGCAAGAUUGAAGUCAAGGGUUUCUCGGCCAAGUGCUCCUACAUAUUUCAGCCACAAAUGUUUGUUCAGCGAUUGCUCAACGUCCCUGUUCUUCAACCGAACACUUCACUUCGGAUGAGUGUGUCUUUUAUUUACCCUGUUACACACAUGAGAAUUUUUAUUCCUGAGAACACUGUACAACUUGCCAUUCAGAUAACAAACUGUGCUGUCAACAACCAGGUUGUGGAGGCUUGUCCUGUCACCCUGUUGAUUGGAUCAAACUCCUUGCCUAACUCUUACCUGAAGGUUGUAAAUUGCAGUGAAAGUGUAAACUGCAAGAAAACGCUGGCCUCCCCACCGUGGAUGAAAUGGCUGCCGGUCACAGUGGAAAAUAGCAACGCUGACUGGUCGGUUUCCUUCAACAUUGCAGCUCAGUUGGCAGUAUGUACACCUACAGAGAGUGGAUAUCUUCCUAUUCUAUUUAAAAACUUAACUCUGUUUAGUAAAGAUGUAACAAUGAACAACGAGGAGAUGUUUGCAGCCAGCAUGAAGACAAAUACUACUGAAGCAACAAAUGUGCAGAGAUCGUGUUUCCGUACUCAGCCUGUUCUGCGGGAAGCUUUGGAUAUUGCUUCUGUCAGGUUUUAUGUUUUGAAUGGACCGGAAGUGGCCGUCACGUCUGACUAUCCCAUCAUUCUGUUACUGAACUUGAAUACAGGACGAGACAGUGGUGGGACCAUUAUCUUAAAUUUACGUUUAAAUAAGACGUCACUGUUGACUGAAAAUGCAACGGUGUUUGCAUGCCUGAGUCCCGGGUCUCCUGUGAUAGCCAUGGAUGCCAACUCUAUCAACUGUGGAGAAGAUUUAUCUUUGGGAUAUCUACUUAAAAUGAAUACUUCGCUAUUAUCAACAUACCUUCAUGUUCCUUACCCAGAGACAGGCCGUUGGUAUCUCACCUUGCAAAUCCUGUGUCCCAAUGAUAAAGGUGGUGAUGAUUGUGGGAAGGAGACUGCUCGGGUUGGAGUAUCGACCGUACUGAGUCCCUGUAUUGGUGAUUGUGGUGUGUACGGAGAAUGCAGACUUCUUCGAGCUCAUGGAUAUCUCUAUGCUGCAUGUGUUUGUAAAGCAGGCUGGAGUGGAUGGAGCUGUACAGAUGACACCCACGCUCAGACAUACCAAAAGCAAUUGCUGGCAACUCUGCUGCUGACAUUGAGUAAUCUGGUCUUCAUCCCCGCCAUUGUGGUGGCUGUUCAUCGCUAUUACUUUGUGGAGGCUGCUGUGUAUCUCUUCACUAUGGUUUUCUCAACGUUUUACCACGCGUGUGACCAACCAGGGAUUGCGGUUAUGUGCAUCAUGGAGUACGACACACUGCAGUACUGUGACUUCCUGGGCUCAGUCCUGUCUGUCUGGGUCACUGUUCUCUGCAUGGCCAGGUUGAAAUCCCAGCUGAAGUAUGUGCUUUUUAUUCUGGGCUCCUUGUUGAUUGCCAUGUCAAUGCAGUUAGAUCGGCGUGGUCUCUGGAACCUACUGGGGCCCUGUCUCUUUGCCAUCCUCGUCAUGUUAGCUGCGUGGGUGUCACAGUGUGUGAGACGCCGCCAUUGUUAUCCUCCUACAUGGAAGCGCUGGGUAUUUUUCUUAUUGCCAGGAAUAGGUUCAGCAGUAAUUGCCAUCGCUGUGUAUGGAUUUCUGGAAACAAAGGAGAACUAUUAUUACACUCACAGCAUUUGGCACAUUCUUGUAGCUGGAAGUGUGGUAUUUUUGUUACCGCCAGGUAAAAAACACCUCCACCUCUGGUUCUGGCCACGUAAGUUUACGUGCGGCUACCAGAUUUGUUCUAAUAUAAAAGAAGACUUAUACGUUGUUUGUUGAAUAGACCAAUUUAGAUGCAUUUGGUCAACCAGAGGAAACUGGUUAUUUUUGUAACGGGACUGUCUGUAUUCCUAAAUUGUUUUCAGUUGUUCUGCCGUGGUGAAAGAAAUAAUGACCACAACAUGUUUUAAACUUCUGUGAAAAUGACAAGAUCAUUUCAUUCACUUUUGACUUUUUUCUGCAAUAUGCCAGACAUUUUUAUACCUGAACAUAAGAGGCAUCUUUGAGCAGAGGGUAGUUGCAUGGACUUGAUUGGACUAUAAUAAGAUUGGGCAGUACACUAGGUUACAAAUUGAUUCAUUUCAUUUUCUGUUUGAAACAUAAAGUCUUCAUUUUUAACUAACAUCUGAGAAUUGAUCAUAUGUAAUAAAGGAAAGAUGCAGGUGAGUAGAUCAGUAGCUGCUGGGUAAUAUUACUGUAGUCACUAUUUUUCUUUAGACACUAAAGAACUGAAAGUUAUGAUUUUAAGCACAUUUCUUAGCACUUUAAAAAAAAAACUUACGUGGUGAUUUGUUAUGUUGAAUUUAUCUAUUAAUUGGGGGUUGACAUUGAAACUCAUUUGCGUUUGCCCACCUCCCACUUUAAUAUUCGUCUGGCUAAAUUGUGUAUUUAGAAUUGAAGUGUGUAUUUCGAAGCUUCCUUAGUUUGGAGUAUGUUGCAUGAGUCGGUCCAUGUUGCUCUGGCCUGUGUGUGAGCUCCCGGUAGCACGGUGUGUGUCACUGGGCUCUGCCUGCAUCUUGGUCACUUGCUGGAGGGAGGGGCCUCUGCACCCAUGCCAGUCUCAGAAGGUGCAAGCAAGCUGCAGGAUGCACUGCUGUAGCCGUUACUCUAUGCAUGAAACGGUGCCAUGUUGUGAACAAAUCACUCAAUGGUUCCCUGGGCAGGAUUUCCAUGCUAUGGUUCAGUUUGCGAGUAAAUGCAAGAACCACAUAACCAAUGAUUCUAAUAUACAGAAUCUUAUUUCAUUUUAUCGACUGUAAUGUGUGCUAAGUGUAUAGAUCAUUCUGAGCUACACAUGUUAUACUACUGUAGGGUAUGAGGCAGAAAGAGGGAUGUUAGCAAUUACAUUUCAUCUUCUCGCUGGGUGGACAGCAACCUUGCAUUUUUAAGAUUUUUCUUUGAAUUCAUGAAUGGAUGAGAGUGCCACUGACAAGGGAAGCGUUGGUGACUGGAGGGCAACCUGCCCCUGGGUUGCUGUGGACAAGGGUCGUGUCCGUGUGCUUGGGGCUGGGGACUCUCUGGAUCCGUACGCUACGUUUGUGGUGAGGGCAGUUGGGACACGCUGCAUCCAACAUGGUGACAGCAGUCAAUGUUUCAUCUUACAGGAACUUCAACCAAACUUUUAUCACCAAAUAUACUUGUGGCUUUUGCAAAAAGGCAGGCACCCAAGACAACUGCUGUGUAAAUACGAUAUAUAUUUCCGACAUUAAUAAGUAUACGGGACAUUUUUCUUUUGGGCCUUUAGUAUCUGAUCUGAUUUUGGGGGCAAAUGUCAUAUUUCACCCAUUGAAGGUUCUGUGCACUAUCAGUAUGGGAGUUGUUCUCCACUCUUGCAGCAUUCUCAUUAUAUUCAAUUAUCACCACAUCCAUAUGGAAUUUUAUCACAAUGCAAGUACUAAAUCUUUACGUUAGAAUAUUAUAUUGUACAAACCAGAAGCUGUGAAGGAGGUUGCAUCUAGUGCAAAGUAAACACAGUGUCAGAUCUGUGGUUUGCACAGGCCAUGAUAGGUCUUUGGGAAUGAAAUACAUGUGUCUGGAGUUGCAGAAUUACAGAAUCUAUAAUCACAACAUUGCAAUGCCUGUACAGCCACCUUUACUCACAAGGAUAUUGAACCAUUGGUUUUGCCCGAUUGCAAUGACAACAGGUUCAGUCUUUCUCAACACUGAAGUCUUUCUCUGUGACCAUGAUGUAAUUAUUAGUGGAUAAAUACUUGACACUUCCUGAAAACAAAACUCAACAUGGAAAGCACUUUACUCCGGUUACAAUCUCCUUCUUGUGGUGUGCUGUUUGAUUGGUAAAGAUUCUAAUUCCUGCACACAUCUGUGACCAGUAUAAAUCUGCUGGCACAUACUAAUUAUAUCACAGUCUGGGUAUUCAUUUAUGACCAACUGUGCUGUUUAUAUUUCAUAAAUAUCCGGACAAGUUGCAUUGACACACAACGUGUAGCAGUUGCAAUUUGUAGCGAUGCAUUUUCUCUUUAUUCUCCACAAACUAUUGCCAUCAGAGAAUGUUUAUCAUGGUGCUCCUCAUCUGCAUGGUCUUGCUGUAGGGAAUUGGAUUUAGCAGCACCAUCUACAAAUGAUACUUUACAAGACAACCUGAACAUCAAAUGCUGCUGUCAGUCGACUAUGUGUUAGUUUUAUCUGUGUCUGUAAAUGUUUUAGUCAUUACUGGUUAAAUUAGACUACUUAUAUGCUGCAUUCAUUGUGAACCUGGACUGCAGAAGUGACUACUUUUUUUAUAAAGAUAAUAUUAAAUGGAAGAGAACAGCUUUUAUUCCAAAAAAACCUGAGCAGACUUGAUACACUGUGUAUGUUCUGCACGUUACUGAUAGUUUCUUAUAUGUAUAUAUGAGUAAAGAUUCUAUGUACUAUAACUUGAAGGUGAGAAAUAGAAUUUUCCUAUUAAACAGUUGCUUUUAUUCUGAUAUAAACUAUUUAUUUUUAUGUGACCAUAUUCAUUCUGAUGCAUAUUCUGCUGUGCACAUUUAGAUUGCCUUUAAUGGGUAUUUAUAUUUUGGGGAAAUGUAUUAAAUCAUAAUGAUGCAAGUGUUGUAUCAUGUCAUUCAUAAUAUGAAACACCAGCAUACAAUAAAUUUUAUUUUGAAACAUUGCAAA